AUGAAAGGAUUGAUUUUAGUCGGAGGCUAUGGUACUAGGUUAAGACCAUUGACUUUAACUUUGCCUAAACCAUUGGUUGAAUUCGGUAACAGACCCAUGAUUUUGCAUCAAAUUGAAGCUUUGGCUGCUGCUGGUGUCACUGAUAUUGUUUUGGCUGUCAACUAUAGGCCAGAAGUUAUGGUUUCUACUUUGAAGAAAUAUGAAGAAGAGUACGGUGUAUCUAUUACUUUUAGUGUUGAAGAAGAGCCUUUGGGAACUGCUGGUCCUUUGAAAUUGGCCGAAAAAGUAUUGAAAAAAGAUAAUUCUCCCUUUUUUGUCUUGAAUAGUGAUGUUAUUUGUGAGUAUCCUUUCAAGGAAUUGGCUGAUUUCCAUAAAGCUCAUGGUGCUGCUGGUACUAUUGUUGCUACUAAAGUCGAUGAGCCAAGUAAGUAUGGUGUUAUUGUCCACGAUAGAGAUACUCCCAAUUUGAUUGACAGAUUUGUUGAAAAACCAGUUGAAUUUGUUGGUAAUAGAAUUAAUGCUGGUUUAUAUAUCUUGAAUCCAUCAGUUAUUGAUUUAAUUGAUAUGAAACCAACCUCAAUUGAAAAAGAAACUUUCCCCAUUCUCGUGGAACAAAAACAAUUGUAUUCAUUUGAUUUAGAAGGAUUUUGGAUGGAUGUUGGUCAACCAAAAGAUUUCCUUAGUGGAACUUGUUUAUAUUUGACUUCAUUAUCCAGAAAACAUCCAGAAAGAUUAUCUACUGAAAAAUUUGUUAAAGAUGGCAAUGUUCUUAUUGAUCCAUCGGCCAAGAUUCAUCCAAGUGCCUUAAUUGGACCAAAUGUAGUUAUUGGUCCUAAUGUUGUUGUUGGUGAGGGUGCUAGAAUUAAAAGGUCAGUUCUUUUGGCCAACUCAAAAGUUAAUGAUCAUGCUUGGGUUAAUUCAACCAUUGUUGGAUGGAAUUCGAGAAUUGGUAAAUGGGCAAGAACUGAUGGUGUUACUGUAUUGGGUGAUGAUGUUGAAGUUAAGAAUGAAAUCUAUGUUAAUGGAGCAAAAGUUUUACCUCACAAAUCUAUCUCAUCAAAUGUUGAACAAGAAUCUAUUAUUAUGUAG